AUGCAUUCGCAAGCAUUAGAUCUGGCCCUCGACCUGCAGCGACGCGCGCAAGACCUCGUUGAUGCGUUGCAGAAACACAAAAAUGAUCCCGAAAAUGUACAAAUCGUGGAAGCGCAGUCUCACGUACGACAGUCCAUGAGAGCGUUCGAGCGGGAGACCCUACAGCCCUGCGACUUUCUGUCACAGAUGGGCAUUCAACAACAACUAUUCAUGUGUAUGCAUUGGCUGUGCUACUUCAACGUCGUCUCCAUAGUACCAACAGGACAUGGCGAGUCGAUCAGCUACGAUGAUUUGGCUCAAAAGGCCAACGUUCCCCUCACCACGAUGAAGUCGGUCAUUAGAAUGGCAAUGAUAUACGGAGUCUUUCGGGAGAACCCCGAUGGUACUCUCCAACAUACGCAUCUUUCGUCUGCUUUCGCGACAGACUCCAAUGUGUCCAAUUGGAUGAUGUACAUGGCAAAAGAGACGGCACCGACUAUAGCGCAUUUUAUCAAAGCCACGGAACGGUGGCCAAAUUCGGAGAACAAAUGCGAGACUGCUUACUCGCUUUCGAGAGGGACAAGUCUUGCUUUCUUCGAUCACAUCAAUCUUGUUCCGGAGCGAGCGAACGAGUUUGGUACCUACAUGAAAAGUCAAGCUGCGAAUAGAAAAGGCACAAGUGUGGACUCGCUUGCGGCAGGGUUCGAUUGGGGGGGUCUCGGGAGAGCAACUGUAGUGGAUGUCGGUGGUGGCGGCGGCGACGCUUCCGUCUCUCUCGCACAGAAGUUCAGCCUUCUCGAUUUCGUCGUUCAAGAUCUCCCAACUGCUAUCGCAACAGCACGAAAGCGAGCUGACUCGCUGCCGACCCAAAUUUCACUCAGGAUCAAGUUCCAAGAGCACGAUUUCUUUGAUGAACAGCCUGUGAAAGGAGCAAGGGUAUAUCUGUUGCGAAUGAUCCUGCACGACUGGCCAGACAGCGAUUGUGUCAAGAUCUUGGAGCAACUUUCGGCAUGCACGGAGGCUGGAGGACGCAUCGUCAUUAUGGACAUGGUCUUACCACGGCCAGGAUCGAUUCCAUUAGAGCAAGAAGCUGGCUUGCGUCAGAAGGACCUGGUAAUGAAACAGAACUUUAACGCCAAGGAGCGGGAACUAAAGGAGUGGGAGUCUCUCAUGGCAAAAUCUGGCCUGCGUAUCAAGGCAGUGAAGAUGCCAGCAGGCAGCCAGCUUUCUGUGCUAGAGGUGGUUGCGGUCUGA